CCCCCCGCCAGUGACAGAGCUGCCUCAGUUUGUGGUUGCUAGGAGGCGACGAGGGGGAUUCCCUUGUGGGACUUUUGUAAUCGAUAAUCUUCAGUGGCAUGGUAAUCCCCUAACUCCCUCAAUUCCCUGAUAAGUCCAUGCCAGGAGGGUGUGAGAUGGCACUUGAUGGCCUCCAAUGGAACUAAAGGCAAGUUGAAAACACGGGCCUUCCAGUCAUCAACCCUCACUAUUCGAGCCAAGUCUGCAGUGUUUCAUACUGCUAACAGUCACACUAGUCCCCUCAGCCCCAGAGAGAAGCCCCUUCAGUACUCCGCCAGUGUCCCCCGGGUUGCCAGUGACUCUAUAGGUCAGCUGAAUGAGAGGGUGGGUCAGACUCAGAACAACCAGCUCCACAGUGCCUCAGGGACCCCUCUACAACGUGCCUACAACCGUUCUGUGCCUACAACCACUAACCUAACGAACAAGCCACAGCGUCCUGGUAGCGUGGGUGCUAAUUUAGCUAAUGGUCGCUGUCAACCAUCUGUUCUCUCUAAGAGUACACAGCUGUCCAGUGCUGACGUUAUCUCAUACAGACAUAACGCUGGUGUGUUGGAGCCAACCGUUCACAGCUAUAGGCCCAGCUGGAGCUUGGCUGUGUCACCCCAGCCUGUUCCCUAUCCCACCUGUCCAUCUCCACCAAAGGCAGAACGCAUCUCAGACUCGCAGAACAACGCAGCAUCACAACCUGCUGAAAGCAUCACCACCAGCAGCAGCAGCAGCAGCAGCAGCAGCAGCACCAUCACCAGCAGCAGCACCACCACCAGCAGCAGCAGCAGCAUGCCCACCAACCAGUCAGUCCCCUGGACCAGUGGCAAACUGAGAGGCCAUAACAAAGGGGUUAUGAGGCCCUCUACGGGUAAAGUGCCUUCCCGUCCCAGACAGGAGACUACCCAGACAAGAGACUCAGCAAAACCUUUGUCCCAGCUGACCCAGUCAGCUUCCUAUUGCCGUGGGGGGGACAAUGGGGACGGUAAAACCCAGACUAAGUUCACACACCACACCCCCAACACAGUGCCUUUUCAGGAUAGAUCACCCCACCCACCCAACACAGUGCCUUUUCAGGAUAGAUCACCCCGCUACAAUGACGUGGCACGGGAUCAGAUCUGGAGGCUCCAGGAUCCAUGUCAGUUUGAAAGCCUGGUGGCAGCAGACAUGGAGGGGGCUGACCACACCCAGAGGCUGGAGUGUUGUGCUGCUGGCCAUGUAAGUCAUGGAACUCCUCCUAACACACCGGCAGAAAGGAUCAGGAAGUCAAGCUCUGAGGUGGAGUUCACUGAGGCUGUGAGGAAGGUGACACAGUCACGGAGCGCGGUCACCCCUCAUCCCAGGAACGAGACUGUUAACGGAGUUACUACUGGACCCUCGGGGUCCAGCACGGAUCCAGUCAAGGUGGACAAAGGUAUGACUACUAGCUCUGUCAGCUCUGUGUCAGUCAUCCACAGCCCUGCUCCAGCCAAACCCUCUGUACCACUCUGCCUUACUAAGAGAGACCAGGAGACGGAGCCCUCAGUCUCUCCUGUGUCCAUGGAGGCCUCCAGCCUUGACAACAACACCACAACAAACAGUAGUAGCACAACAGCCUCCAUUGCACCUCUACCCCAUGCAGGUAUAACUCCAACCCAGUCCCCUACCCAGUCCAGUGCCACAGCUAGUGCCAGUGCAGGGAUAACUCCAACCCAGUCCCCUACCCAGGCCAGUGCCAGUGCAGGGAUAACUCCAACCCAGUCCCCUACCCAGGCCAGUGCCACAGCUAGUUCCAGUGCAGAGAUAACUCCAACCCAGUCCCCUACCCAGGCCAGUGCCAGUGCAGGGAUAACUCCAACCCAGUCCCCUACCCAGGCCAGUGCCAGUGCAGAGAUAACUCCAACCCAGUCCCCUACCCAGGCCAGUGCCACAGCUAGUUCCAGUGCAGGGAUAACUCCAACCCAGUCCCCUACCCAGGCCAGUGCCACAGCUAGUUCCAGUGCAGGGAUAACUCCAACCCAGUCCCCUACCCAGGCCAGUGCCACAGCUAGUUCCAGUGCAGGGAUAACUCCAACCCAGUCCCCUACCCAGGCCAGUGCCACAGCUAGUUCUAGUCCUAGUUCCAUCCCAGAGAACACUGAGGCUGGUUCAGGGUCUACUCAGAGUCAGAGGCCUUCCGUCACCUCGGUGACCACCCAGAUAUCUGCCAUACACCUGACCAAGGAGAGGAGUGUCCUGUCUCUACAGGGGGGCCACAGCCACAGCCCCUCCCAGUCCCCACCUGACCUGGAGAGGAGUGUCCUGUCUCUACAGGGGGGCCACAGCCACUCCCAGUCCCCAUCUGACCUGGAGAAGGAACAGCAGGCUGAGUCACCUCAGCUCUCCAGUCCAGAGAGUGAUGGAGACGGAAUGGAAGACGAGGUUCCUGAUGACGAGCUGGAGAAUGACUGCGGUGGUGAUGAUGAUGAUGAAGGGUCUGACUGCUCCUCCAUGAGCGAUGCCUCGUCCACAGCCUCCAUGCCCGUCCGUAUAGCGGAUGAGGAGCCGACGAGCCCUGACUCCGAGGGGGAGCUGAAGCCAGCUCUGGUCCCCAGCAUGUUCCCCCUUCUCCCCCCCACGCUCUACUUCAGCACUGCCAACCAGAGAGUGGAGCCCCUGCCACCGGAGCAGAGGAAGCUGCUCAAAUGGAAGAUGAGCGCUGUGACUCCCGCCGUGGUCAAACACACCAUCGCCAGGUCACACUUCAAAGUCACCAAGGAAAGUCAUGAUUGGCUUGGCUGCUGGGGUCACCAUAUGAAGUCCCCUGGAUUCAAGGCCAUCAGGGAAUACCAGAAGUUGAACCACUUCCCCGGUUCGUUCCAGAUAGGUCGUAAGGACCGUCUGUGGAGGAACCUGUCGAAGAUGCAGGCUCAGUUUGGUAAGAGGGAGUUCAGCUUCUUCCCCCGCUCCUUCGUUCUCCCUCAGGACAUCAAGCUGCUGAGGAAGGCCUGGGAGGACCGUGGUAGCAGGCAGAAAUGGAUCAUCAAACCGCCUGCGUCUGCUCGGGGUAUUGGGAUCCAGGUUAUUCACAAGUGGAGUCAGAUGCCGCGCAAGAGACCACUGCUGGUGCAGAAGUAUCUCCACAAGCCCUACCUCAUCAGUGGGAAUAAGUUUGACCUGCGUAUCUAUGUGUACGUGUCAUCUUACGACCCGCUCCGUGUUUACGUCUUCCAAGACGGACUUGUCCGCUUCGCCAGCGUCAGAUAUUCCUCUUCCAUGAAAAGCCUUAGCAACAAGUUCAUGCACCUGACAAACUACAGCGUGAACAAGAAGAACUCCGAGUAUCAGAGCAACGACAGUGACAAGGCCUGCCAGGGGCACAAGUGGGCUCUGAAGGCAUUGUGGCAGUACCUAGGUUCCAGGGGGGUCAACACUACGCUGAUCUGGGAGAAGAUCAAGGACAUCGUCAUGAAGACCAUCAUUGCGUCUGACACGUAUGUGAACACGCGUGUCAAGAUGCACCUGCGCUCCCCCUACAGCUGCCAUGAGCUGUUUGGCUUUGACGUCAUGCUGGAUGAGAACCUCAAGCCUUGGGUGCUGGAGGUCAACAUAUCUCCAAGCCUCCACUCCAACACAGCUCUGGACGUCGCCAUUAAGGGUCAGAUGAUCAGAGAUGUGUUGAACCUGGCGGGUUUCGUUCUGCCUCGGAGAGAGGUGCGCAGCUCCGCCAGCAGUGGAGGAACCUGGGAGAGAACCAGACCAGAUAUUUCUACUGAUGAAAAAGUCAAACGGGCCUUCUACCUGAGCCAGCGCUUCGCAGACCAGGACUCCUCCUCCAUCCUGGACGUUAUGACUCCAGAGGACGUGCGUGUCCUGGCUGAGACUGAGGACGAGCUGAGCAGGAAGGGAGAGUUUGAACGGGUGUUCCCCUCCCACUGCUCCUCACGAUACCUACGCUUCUUCGAACACCCGCGCUACCUCAACAUCCUGCUCAACCAGUGGGAGACCAAGUAUGGACAGAACAAGAGUGAAGGAGUCGGUGUGCUCAGGGCUUUCUGUCAGAAAGGAGUCCAUCUGGGUACGGAGGACCCUGCACAUAUAUGGUCCAAGUCGACCUACGUUCCCAAGUUUGAUUACCCCACCAGGCAGGAGCCAAUCAGAUCGAGUCGCUGUUCCAGUGUGGUGGUGAGCCACAGAACCAGGUCCCAGCCAGACCAGGAAGAGUACUGUUUCAACGGGGAGGUGCAGAAUGUCACCACCUCCCUCCCAGACAUCGGCGUCCUGGGCUCCCCCAGCCCCUCUCCCUCCCUGAGGGGUUAAGGGGUUAGGCGGUUAGCCUGUCUCACUGGAGCUAGGAUAUCCUAACCGCACCGUAACACUGUUGAUUAGACACCUUGGGCUUCCAAAAGAACCACACAAACAUCACACACAUUCACAGUUUGGGAAGGAGAUGUGUAUAGUGUGUGUGUGUGUGUGGGGGGGUUUAUCAACCAUUGCUGGGUGCUCAAGGCUCUCCCCUAACCCUUCUCUUGGUGCGGAGGUAUAUUCCACUUUUCACUCUAUAGUCUUAACUGGAGUUGGGGAGAGAUGGAGAACACUAACAGCUGGAGAAGUGGAGAGGGGGGAACUAACAGGUGGAG